AUGGGUUUAGGUCAUCAAGGGUGGUGUAUCGAGCCAAAUAUUUCUCUCGAAGAAGGAAGUCCCUACCGCCCAGUGAAUGGUAAAGAGAACCCAGGAUUAUCCGAAUCUCAGACACCCUAUGCCCGGUCUGGCCCAAAAUCUGAUCACAAUGGCCAACCAACCAACAACAACCCAGACACAGGCGAUGGAACGGCUACAUAUGCAGCAGUGGACAUGUCUAAGAAGAAAAAGAAGAAGCAAGAGGGAGAAGUACUUUAUGCAGAUUUAGAUUCAAUGCGACCCGGCAAUAUUAUAAUCUCUAAAUAUGUGAAAAUUACAGACUUUGCACAGGCAUUUUUGUGA